CGUGUACCUUCGGUAAUGGGAGAGAGAGAGAUAGAGAGAAAGAGAGAGACGAGCUCACUCCCAUCACACCGCACAGGGCGGUCGUCACCAUCUCGCUGAAAACAGCUAUCGUUUUGUUUUUUUUCUCCCUUCUUCUUCUUCGUCUUCCUUCCUCCACGCCCGUCGGUGAAUUACAAGUCCAGAGAAGAGAGGUAGAAAAGGGCGUCUUCACUCGGCGCUGCAAUCGACAAGACACAGUGAUCACCUGAAGAAGCGACACCCUACCUGUGGAUAUAGCUACACCCUUCUUCACCCCCCUCCCCCCUCCUCGGCGAAAUGGGGGUAUCCGCGUCCAGCCUGCUGGAUGAAAGUAAAUCCAACUACAUCAAAGGCCAAGCUGAGGAUGAGCUGAAGAAGUUUAGUCCGCAUUACAGGAAGCAAUUCUCUAUUGCCCAUUUCUCCCAGGUAGAAGAUGAGCUGGAGCAGCAGAACGAGAAGAUCACACAGCUGCUUAAGCAGAAGGAGGGUCGAGAGGAUGGAGAGGUUCUGUAUGAGGAGGGCGUGCUCUACUUUGAUGACACAAGGAAGUGGAGAGAUCGCUACAUCGUAGUGAGAGCUAACUACUGUCUGGAGUGCCAUGAAAGCUUAGAGAGUUUUAUGAAGGGAGUUCCUCCCCGCCACAAGCUGCUGCCUACAGGGGGCACUGUUCUGACUACAGAGGAAAAGUACAUGGCCAUGGUGGACAAGUGCUACCCUGAUGAUACCAGCAGUGAGUAUGUAAAGGAGGAGUUUGCCCCACCUCUGGCAGGUAUGCCAGGACAGUUCCCCAUCUACCUGCGUCUGCCCUACAGAAGAGACUCCUACUUCUGCUUCCGUCAGGAGGCCAAGCAAGAUGGCUUCCUCUCCAUCAUGUCAGACUGCAUACGACACCAGAACCAAGACUUUCUAAAGAAGAAGACAUGUGAGGUGCAGGCCUUCCUCAAAGCUAUCCAACUUUACAGGCAGGAGAAGGGCAAAUAUGAGGCCUGGGAUAUGCUGAUAGGCAGUGAUGUCAGGGUCAUGGCCAACCUAGUGAUGGAGCAGCUGCUGCCCUCCCUGGAGAAGGACAUGCUGCCUCGUCUCAACGCCAAGAAGACAGAGCGGAAGAGAGUGUGGUUCGCUACGGUGGAGGCAGCUUACAUCUUGGUUCAGGAGCAUCUUUUGGAGGGGCUGUUGGCGCUGAAGGACGAGUGUCGUACCUUUGCCCGCCAGCAGGAAGUGUUGAUCCACUCGGACAUGGACCAGAUCCUCAACUCUAGAGCCCGUCUGGAGAGCAAACUACAAACCAUAGUAUCGGAGCCAGCAGAGAAGUUCUGCUCAGAACAUGUCCAGCCUUAUCUCGCCUCUGUCCUGGAGGAGCUGAUGGAGCCAGUCAGCUCGGGUUUCCAGGAGGGGCGACAGCUUUGCGACAGCAUGAUGGAUGGUCUGUGCCAGGACUACCAGGUGGGCGGUGCCACAGAUAACCUAAAGCAGUUCCUGGCUAAUAUGGCAAGGCCAAACUUGUUGAGCUGUUAUCAGAGGAUCAGUUCACUUCAGGAGAAGCUGACUCACCUGCAAGAGCGUUUUGGGUUCUCGAACAUCACCAGUCUGAUCCACAGUGCACAAAUAGACCUGCAGCAGCUGAUGGAGAAUGCAGCCUAUACCUUUGAGCAGCUGCUGCACAAGGCCAUCCAGGACAACCCAGACUGUGCAGGCUCCGCUAUAGAGAAGACCAAGCACAGGGUGCUGAAGCAAUAUGAUUAUGACAGCAGCACAACGAGGAAGAGGAUCUUCCAGGAGGCUCUAGUGGCUAUCACCCUGCCCCACAUCAAGAAGAACCUGGCCCCCAGCUGCGAAACAGCACUUCAGGGUCUUGAACAGUACAUCUAUGCCGACCACUCCAGCUUUGUUAAUGUUGAGAACGUAUAUGAGGGUAUUCUGCUGCAGACCCUGGACAAGGAGGUCACCAAGGUGGUGAAAGAGGCAGCUAGCCUGAAGAAGCACAAUCUGUUCACAGACAGCAGAGACCUAUUGAGCCAGUCCAGUCGAUCCAGCCUGUCUUCCCCUUCGGCGUCCACCCCCGGUAGUCCAGCCAGACCACUGGCUUCCCCCACAAAGUCCACCACUGAGCCCCAACCCUCCUCUCCUCUUGUGAGUAAUGGUCUUUCACUGGAUCCACUGAAGACAUCCAGUACCAGAGUGGAGGAACAGCAGGGGAAAGAGGAGGGUGUGCCACCAUGCAUAGACACAACCGUCCUUACAACUCUUGUUUCAACUGAUGUGAAAGAGGGAGAGGCUGAGGAAAUGCAGACUGCUCCUAGUCUCGCUGUUUCAGAACAGCCAGCAUCCGUUGAGAAUGCAACAAAUGGCAAUGUCAUCCACGCUGCACCAGCUGAAGAAAGCAGCCCUGUCCCAACCCAGAAAAGCACCAUAGCAGACAUACCAGUCCCUACUGACACAGACAAGGUUCAAAUACCAGUUGCUGUAAAUGAAGAAGUAUUUGCUGCUGAAAUGAAGAAAGCAGAGACAGAGGUUGAACCUGAGACACAGAGGACAGAUGUUCCAAAUCAAGUAGAGAUAGCCUUGCCAGAAAUUGCCACUACUUUUGGAAGUGAAGAGGCAAAGACACAAGAAACUGUAACACAAAGUGAAAGCCCCAUCACGAGCCCAGACCCUAUCUUGUUACCUGCCCCAGAACCUGCAGAUGAAGAAAACUCAAUAGAUAUAUUAACUGAAGACACAGCUUCCCUAACAGUAACCGAAGCUGAAGGAGAUGCUAAGAGAGCGAGUCCACAUGAGAAUCUUGAAAUUGAGUCAGAGGCCCCCUCUAGUGGUGGGGGACCUACAGUCACACCCAAAGAUGUCAGCCUUGAUCUGGGGUCAGAGGAUGCCGAGGCAGUUGGCGUUUCAGACCCUUCUUCUCUGAAUGUGUCAGCAGGAAGUCAAUCGGCCCCCUCGGACGUGGAGUAUGUUGAAGAGGUCAAAGUGUUGCAGAGCAGUGGAAAUGAAGUCUCGAUGACCUCUGACUUCGUGGAGGAGGAGAGAGUGGAGGAGGAGGAAGCUGACAUGAGUGCAGCACCUCCUGUGAGCCCAGAUGAACCUCCUGAAAAUGCACUGGCCAAAACUGCAGUAAACCUGAGCGACAGCCCUUCACCUCAAGCACAGACAGGUGCUAUCAGUGGUGAAGGAAGCAUCAGCGAGGAUGUCGGGGCGAAUGCUUGUCACGCAGUCACACCAUCAGCUGAUGUAAGUUCAGAGCCUUCAGAAGAGGUGCUGCAAACCCAAACCUUAGCAUCUUCUGAGCCUGCUAUAGAGGUUUCCUCUUCCAUCCCUCUCUCCCCACCCUUGGACUCUAUCAAGGAGAUCCGCGAUCUGGUGGUAGAAGUGAUUGAGGUGGAGGAGUUGGUGCAACGCUACCCGAGUGGAAUUCCUACUGAUGAGUGAGGGAGUCGUGUCGUAGUCCGAUGGCAAAUAAAAGCAACUUUAGACCAUGAGUAAAGGGCAACCUUGUGAGGUAAUGGAGAUGGCCAUCCAGCAGGGACUGAGUCUAGAAAUGGGAAUAAAAUUGGGAUAGUUACUUGUUAAAUUAUGAUGGAAGAAUUAAGUUGUGAUUAUUGACAACAUUAGUCAUCUACACUACCUCAAAAAUAUUGCUCACAUAACAGACAACUCAAGAGAGGAACAACUCUGGCCACCUAUGGAGAAAUAUUGAAAAGUUAUAAAUGCUUCCUAUAACUACAGAUAAAUGUAUAAUGCAUGAAAUUGAUGUAAAUAACUUACAAAAAUCAGUUAUUCAAAAUCAUUUUAUUAGAAUGGUAAGUGGGGAACAAGCAGCAAGUGCUGGGUUUCCUAAAAGCCUCUUGGCAGUAAGAUAAUCAUCACUGUUCCAUCAGAUUUUUUUUUUUUAACUGAGAUCAUUUUAGCAUCGAGCUGCUAUAGGAAGAGUGAGAUUUGAGACGAGUAUUGCAGCUUUAUACACAACUACACAUUGAAGUUUCCGGGUUGGUGUUAAGGUCCAAGUGGAGUUAUGUUAAGUAUAUUUUAAACAGACUGUUUCCCCUCAUGUGAAGUCAUAUUCUAAUUCUUGAUUCCUUUUUAUUAUCAUAUGCCUUUCAGAUUGUUUUGAAACCACUAAACCAGAUCUAUAAUUUUAUUGUACUAAGUGAGUUUACUGGAUCAAUAACACUCAAAUACAUUAAUUGUAUUUUAAAAAAAAAAUAAUUUAGCAGAAGGAUUCUACAUCGUUCUAAAUGAUCUUGGAUGUGUUCUUCAAUGCAUAAAAGGGAUUGUGUCUCUUGUUAACUGAUAUUACCGUUGGUAGCACAUCAGGUGCCUUUCUUGUUCCUCCGUUGGCUCAUAGUUAACAUUGCGUCCAAGUGCCUUAAAUCUAUAACUACAGACAAAAACCUUUUUCAUGGGGAUGUGGUUGCCAUAGAGACCAGUGCAUGAUCUGGGAGUACCUGAACUGGAAUUUUGACACCAUCAAGUGCUUGUUAUCUACACAGUACAUUUUAUACAGACGUGGUUAGUAUUACAGCUCUGCUAAUGUGUUUGAUGUACGUAGACCACAGCAAUGGAUAUUUAAGCAGCCCGCUACUCAGUAGCUUGGAAUUUUCCAAACUGCCCUGAAGACAAAUGUUGGUUAAUGGAAAUAUUAUGGAUAUACUAAUUAAAUGGAGCAUAAAGAAAAUGCCCUCCAGCUGCUGUUACCGUAUGAAGUCUACAAGUCAGCCGUCCAAUGGGUCUCUGGGGAGAACUAAUAAAAACUCUAGAUGCUUUAAUGUGACAUACUCAAUAUAGCACACUGCUUUGACUAUUCAUUUAUAGUCAAGUUUUUUGUCCACAACUGACUGUCAGUAUCAUACUGAGAAACAAAAAAACCUUUCAGUAAUUAUUUCUGUGCAACAAGCAAAUAAAAUAGGAAAGCAUUGUACAGUAUACCGUUUGUCAUGUUCCAAACAUUUAUUUUAGAUAUUGCACCACAAACAAAGGCUAUUUCAUGUCAAUGAGCCAGUAGUGCUCCAGGCACAUAAGACAAUACAACAAAGAAAGCAGAAACAUAUGUUCACAUUUAAAAACUUUUAUCCACCAUUAAGUAGGUUGUCCGCAUUUCUCCUCAUAUUACAUUCAAAUCAAUGAAGUCAGAUGACAUGUAGAGCAAAGAACAGAUUCUGUACAAUUUAUUCCAGUGUUAUCAACCAGAGUGUUUAUAAGAGAGCAAGACAGUGUGUGUGUUCAAAGGCUAAACAACAAAAUAGUGUGAUGUAUUCUCCACAUGCAGCUACUGGUUUUAAUAUGUUUUUGGACUGAGCUCCAUGCUCAUGCAGAGCUGGAGCUCAUGCUCCUGCUCCGCGCUCUAACAACCACUUAACUAAAUGGAUAAAGGAGAUUGGAAUGAUACACUAGUGGGUGUCCUUUCCAUCUUUUUUGAUUCAGUGGUCAUGACAUAGACACCUUAGUGCCCACAAAGGCAACAAUACAUUUAUUCUGUCCCAUCUGCCAGUCUCCAACCCUACUGAAAGCCACGUUGCCUUUUUGUUUGUCUUAAAAUGUUGCCUGAGAGUCAUUUUAGAGGAUUCUGGUGGUCAAAAAGAAACAUUCUAUAAUGUCACAGAUACAUGUAAAAACUUCAGAUGGAAUGCAUUUCAUUAAUAAAUCAUGAAUCCUUGGAUUUUUUUUCAAACACAAAACAAAUAAGUUAAUUU